CACGUGAUCUGGUGACGUUGUCUGUGGUCACGUGGUGUGCCGGUCAGCUGACUGGUGUCUUCCGGGUUGUCGGUUGGUGUUUAUCUUCACCUCGGCUCCGUGUUCGGUUUUCUGCAGUUGAACUCAGUCGGUGCCAUGAACGCCUCAGACAGUGAUGAGGACUUCUAUAACGAGAGGACGGCGUUGGUCCCGUCAGAGAAUCCAGUGGUGCCAUCCUACAGACCAGACUCAGACCUCACCCCCGAAAAUUGCACACCAACCAAAGUGCCUGGGGUGAGCAGGAGGGCGGGUCCAGCUGCUCCGGAUGGUGGCGGCGGCUCGGAUCAGGAGGUGGACGCAGACGAUGAGGAGCUGACUCUGAAGUACGGAGCGAAGCACGUCAUCAUGCUGUUCAUCCCUGUCACCCUCUGCAUGGUGGUGGUGGUUGCCACCAUCAAGUCCGUCAGCUUCUACACCGAGAAGACCGACCAGCAGCUGAUCUACACGCCGUUCACAGAGAACACCCCGUCUGUCGGCCGCCGGCUCCUCAACUCCGUCCUCAACACCAUCAUCAUGAUCAGCGUCAUCGUGGUCAUGACCAUCUUCUUGGUCAUCCUCUACAAGUAUCGCUGCUACAAGUUCAUCCACGGCUGGCUCAUCCUGUCCUCCCUCAUGCUGCUCUUCUGGUUCAGCUUCAUGUACCUCGGCGAAGUGUUUAAGACUUACAACCUGGCCGUGGACUACCCGACAGUGGGGGUGAUCAUCUGGAACUUCGGGGCGGUGGGGAUGAUCUGUAUCCACUGGAAGGGUCCGCUCCAGCUGCAGCAGGCCUACCUGAUCCUGAUCAGCGCCCUCAUGGCCCUCGUCUUCAUCAAAUACCUGCCCGAAUGGUCGGCAUGGGUCAUCCUGGGAGCCAUCUCCGUCUACGACCUGGUGGCCGUCCUGUCUCCUAAAGGUCCCCUCAGGAUGUUGGUGGAGACGGCUCAGGAGCGCAACGAGCCCAUCUUCCCCGCCCUCAUCUACUCCUCUGCCAUGGUGUGGACCGUGGGGAUGGCGAGCCCGAUGGACGCUCAGCGCUCUGAACACGGAUCAGACGAGGAGGCGGAGCAGAGCGGCGGGCGGGGGGAGCCUGAGCGCAGACAGCCGCGGACGUUCCCUGAGGACGACGUGGAGGAGGACAGGGGGGUGAAGCUCGGCCUCGGUGAUUUCAUCUUCUACAGCGUCCUGGUUGGAAAAGCCGCAGCGACCGGCGGAGACUGCAACACGACACUCGCCUGCUUCGUCGCCAUCCUCAUCGGUCUGUGUCUGACUCUGCUGCUGUUGGCCAUCUUUAAGAAAGCUCUGCCAGCUCUGCCCAUCUCCAUCACCUUCGGCCUCGUCUUCUACUUCUCCACAGACUUCCUGGUCCAGCCCUUCAUGGACAACCUGGCAGCUCAUCAGUUUUAUAUCUGAGACAAAGCCCCGCCCACCUUCUGCUGCCGCCGCCGUCUGAUGGUGUAACGCACAAAGACUACUUCCUGUACCGGUCGUCUGCCUGUCUCUGAAUGUCUGUUUGUGUUUAGCAGACCACAGGAAGUGAGGUAACAGACAGAAGGGGGCUGAUGGAGGAGGGUGGAGGGUGGAGGGUGGAGGGUGGGGGGGUGUUACCUGGUUGUUUCUGCUCAGGUGUGUUUCUGGAUAACAGUCAGGAACAAACGUCACCUGCUAACUCACAGUUUAAAGGAAAUAUCCGCCUUAAAUCCUGCAGCCGGUCACAUGACCCAACACUCGCCGUGAUGAAACCAGAAACCACCACGGCCGACUGUGAUUGGCCGACUCUCCCGUCAGUCAAAACCAACAUUCCUGUUUUUAACACACAUGAACUCAGAUGUAGUUUUAAGGUGGAUUUCUUCCUGAACACGUCAGAUCUCCUCCGACACUCAGCUCAGAGAUUGGGGGGGUAACGAUUAAUUAACUGAUGAAAAUUAAUCUGCAGUUUUUUGUUUUUUUGUUUUUUUUUCUGAACAGAAACGCACAUUCACUGUUUCAAGUUUUUCUGUUUUUAAGUUAAACAUCAGUUCAGUUGGGUCCUUUCAGUUUCUCCAUCCUCUGAUUAAAUUAUCAAUAAUUAAUUAAACAAACAGCAAACCUUCUUUAUGUUUAUCUAACUCUAGCCUGCUGCCUGGUGGGUGGGGGGGGUAUAUAUUUUGUAGGAGUGAUUCAGGUGUAGUAUUUGUUAAAGAGAUAUUGUUUUAUUUUGUUCUGUGCAAUAAAAUCAAACUUCACGAGCUGAAGAACAGAAACUUU